UUGAAAGUUUGAGAGUGAGGAAGAAAGAGAGAGGUAGAGUGAAAGGGGGGAGGGGGUAAGCCAGUGUUAAAUUGAUGGUCUUGAAUUAGAAGACCGGCCAACUUUCCUGUAAAAGACAAUCCAGCAUGACAAAGACAUCCCCUCUUCAAAUUUAGUAACACUUCCCGCGUCUGAACGUUGUGUGUGUAGGCCUGUGCCUGAGUGUGUGUGUGUCAAAUCCAAAUCAUUGUACAUGUGUGUUUGUGAAUUGUGCCUAGGAAAGGUUGCCUCCAGUCAUAACACUACAUUUAGCCGAGCCUAGGAGAACACAUUCAAAUUUAAACAGAGGAAGCCCACCUAUGUUUGGCUGAUAAAACUCCACUGUGUCGCGGUGGUAGCUGGUCACACACAGGGGCAGGACAACAGUCAUUAGUUUAAGCGUUCUUGUUGAAUAGUGUAGAAUACUGACACUGGUGUACUAUAAUAAGGAUUACAUUAUUACUCUAAUCUGGAAAGACAAUAUUCAUUGUAUUGUCUGUAAGCUGUGCUUGUUAUUAGAUCUACUUCGUUACACUACAUAGUGUAAUAGUGUUCUAUUUUGGCUUGCUUUCUAUAACAUUAGUAAACUGACACGAAGUCGCCUCAGGAGGAUUAGUACAUCUCGAGAAGCAAGAGACAGCUUGGGGCCUAAAAGAAAGGGGAGCUCACCCAAAUAGCUCCUAGAAUCAGAUUGCUCUAAAGUAAUUCAGGCGGUUACUUCAAAAGUAAUCACUUUUACUAAGAAAUGCUACUGGAUAUCGCCAGGACUUGAAACCUGAAUCGUUCGAUGCUAACGUCGCUGAUGCUGGUACCCUUGAUUGUGAUGAGGACAGAGAUGGCCAGGCUGCCGGAGUGUGCGAGAGUUUGCAAGGGAGAGAACUGACAACAAAGGGGGAGAAAAAAAAAACGACUGGGAAGAGGCGGCUCGCGCAAGCUCUCCCGCCCUCCCUCCCUCCUCCAUUGCUUUGAGCCUUUCUCACCCUCGUUUUUUUUUCAUCCGUUUUCAAGCAGUAGCUCGCGCCCCCCUCCCCCCUCUUCCCACCACAUCGACACGCGAAACUAUUGUAGACUGUGGAGUCUAAAGGAACGCAGGGAGGCAGCUCAAGGCUCGCGUACACUUUUUGUGUGUGUGUGUGUUCUCUUCCCUUCAUUCUUCACUCGGUAGCAAUAGUUUACUUUCCAUCUCGUACCGAGCCUUGGGUCGUGAGCUGUGCCCCCAAGGUGUGAGUGAGGAAGAUAAUGACCGAGCGUCCAGCGAGCCUAACGAUUUUUUUGUCUCAGAAAAAAAAAAACACCGGUCGUCCAGGGGCUCUCCAGUUAUUUCCAACGCCAAAUCAUUAGGCCGUCUGGCUAGUGAAAAGUGUUGUUUUCCUCACAGGAGCUUCACCUCAAUUGAUUUCAAUUCUCAACGAUAGUGUACCCUUGUCACAUAAAUUCAAUGCUGGGUACUUUUUCGUGCGGAAGUUAUAGCUGAUUUGACUGCACAUACACAUCUUCAACGUUGAUUCCAAUAAUUGGAUACCGUAUUAUUUGUGUUCCCUUUCUGUUUGAUUCAAAUAACUCUUGGAUUACCUGUUUUGUUGUGUUUUUUUUUUUCAAGCUAUUGUGAAUAUUAAUUGACAAUAGAUUAAAUAGUGGAUGUUUGUUAGUUGAUUAUUCUGUUCGGAGAUUAUAAAGAAUCGGUAUUUUGUUUGUGCAUAAAUUCACUACAGAUUAAAAAAAUCUAGAUCUACCUGGCAAUGAGGUUGGAAGGUAAUAUAUCUAAAUCUAUGUCAUGUGUAAUGACUUAGCCGAACUUAGCUCAAUUUUUCAACUUCGGAGUGUUAUCGUUGAUAACCAUGAUGCUCACUGACCUACUGGCUCUGGCCAGUCGGACUUUUGCCUGGUUGCUGAUUGCUACACUCCUGCUUGUAGGAAGCUCCUCAGGCUCAGAGAAGUGCACCUACGAUGAUGCCCACACCAUUGCCAACUGCAGCAACAGCAAUUUAACGGACAUUCCUUGGAGGCUCCACAAGAGAAUCUUGACUUUAGAUCUGAGUGGAAACUAUUUCCCAGUGCUCAAGUCAAGAAGCUUCAUUAGUUUUAACUACAUAAGUCACCUGUACCUAAAGAACAACUCCAUGCAAUCUCUAGAAGAUGAAGCACUCCAGGAUAUGACAUACCUCAGCCUUCUUGACCUAUCCAACAACCAUCUCAGCCAGGUCCCAACAUCUGCUCUGAAAAGUGUCUCCCUUUCCCUUACUCAGCUUUACUUAUCUGGAAAUAGAAUCCAGGUCAUCCACAAAGGAGCUUUUAAAGACCUCAGAAAUCUAAAGAUAUUGGAACUUAAUGGUAACAGUAUUACUCGAAUAGACAUGGGAGGUCUGUCUGGACUAUCAUCUCUUAAUGUACUGAAGUUGCGUCACAAUGCCCUGUACACUUUGCCACCUGAUGUUUUCAAAGAGUUUAGCUCAACGAUUAAGAUAAUUCAGCUGUAUGACAAUCGUUGGAUGUGCGAUUGUAACAUGCGAUGGCUUAGGACAUGGCUCGAUAGCACCAACCAAGAGGUAUGGAAGGCUGAGGGCUACUUCAUCCGUUGUGAUGGGCCAUCCAUAGUGAAAGACAAGCCCUUGGACUCUCUCCCAAUGGACGAACUGGCCUGUGAGGUCAAAAUGAAGUCCAGCAGCUCUACAGAAAACCUUAAACAGGGGGACAACUCCACAUUGGUGUGCAAAUACACAUCAGUACCUGAUGCUGACGCCAAGUGGUUGAAAAAUUCAGAAGUCAUUGAGCUAUCAAAAGACCCCAAUAAAUACAACAUCUCUACAAAUAUAACAGAAAGGAAUCAAGAAAUAAUCCACACAAGCAUGUUAACUAUUUUUAACUUUCAAUACAGCGACAUUGCAAGGUAUCAAUGUUUUGUUCAAAACAUACUUGGUGCCCACAGGACAGAGUAUACUGUGACUUUAGAGGGGGUAAACAUCAAUAGCAUCACUCCAGAGCCACCAGGGAGCUUCAAGUCCAGUCCUGGAGUGGACACAAAAAGUAUCGUUAUAGCUGUAGCAGUGGUGUGUGGGAUCAUCCUCUUUGUUGUCAUUGGCAUUCUCAUCUUCUGCACGGUCAACCGAAUACAGAGGAGGAAGAUGGACAAGCAGAAUCAAAUAGCAGAGAACCUUAAACAACAUUUCAUGAACAACAGCGAGAUAAGCAAUGGGGACAUUGCAGGUCAAAAUGAAACAAAGCUGAGCAACAAACUAACUGAGGACAAGCUGGAUGGAAACCAAGAGGAUGACCGCUCAACCUCUAACAACACCAAUGACUCAACCAUGACCGCAGUCAAACGCCCGCUGGACCUGGAUGACACAGAACCCCUGUACAUCUUUCAACAGCCUGGCUCACCAUUUAACAAUGGAAACACAUACGUUUCCUUCGGGAGUGAGCUGACUGACCCUGACAUGAUGCCAACUCAGCCACCACAAUACUCCAUUGCUUCGGCACCGAGGUAUGAAAGCUCGCAUGCUGGAUCAGCAACUCCACUUUUAGACCGUUACACUCCCUCUGUUUAUGACUCGAGUGAACCAGAUUAUGCUCAGUACCCUGUCUACGAUUCAGUUACCAAAUCCUUGCACCACCCAGUCAAUGAGGGUAUAUAUGGAGGCUCCUUAAGGAUGGGAAGUACCAGUAGUUAUGCCAGCACACCAAUCCGAGACGGCAACAAGAGACUCAGCAGUUUCAACUAUCCACCAAAUAUAAAUGGCACUAUGCCUAUUGGCAGUACCAGGUCGAUUGUGGCCCUAAUGCCAAGAUAUGCUGACCAAAAUGGGGAUAGCAGCCCCAGGUCAGACUUCCACCGCUACACCCCACAGACUAAUGACUAUAGAGACUACAGGGACAUGCGCUACCCUGCCACAACACCCCCUCCACACCGCAUGACCUACGCAACCCCAAAAAGUAUGUCAGUUGGGAACUUAGGCUUUGCUCCAAUAUCUACAGGGCCUAGGAAACCCCCUCGCAUGUUUCAGUCCAGGGAGUACAUGGAGUUGACCCCACAAGAGUCGCACCUGGAUUAUAUCACCUCUCCUGAAGCUCAACAAUACAGUCAGAACUAUGGCAUAACACCAGGCACUCCAGUGUGAUCAGACACAGCCUCCAUUCAUAGUACUUAUACUACUAGGUACAGUUGUGUGAGUUGACUUCAAAACCAAUAACAAUAUAUGUUGAAUUCAAUACAACAAAAAGUGAUGUCGAAGUUCUGCACCACAACACCCAUCAACAUGGAAGUGUACUCUUCAUCUUCCUCUAUCCCAGAAUCCUGAUAGUUGGGGAAGUUGUGGUGCACCCCCAAUGUUGAGACAAAUUCACACCUCUGUCUCAGCCCUCCUGCUGUUUUCAAAUGGCCACAAAUUGUGACAGUUAUAUAUUAUGAAAUAUUUAUAAGAACACUUGUUGAUACAUGAUGUUAUUUGUUACUAAAACAAAUUAUGAAGACUUGUAAAUUUAGCUUUAAUACAAGAUUGUUUUUUUUUAAUAUGCUUUGUUUGAUAACAAAUGUUUAUAUAUUAGUACUGCCAUAGUUUUUAUUUUUUUGUAACUGUACAACUUAAUCUUGAAGCUUUCAAAUAUCAAGACUCUAAAUUGAGAUUAUAAAAAGAAUUUUAUGUUAAAAAAAAAAUACACAAGAUUGAGCUCAGUCUACUUAAGGGGGUACAUGGCAAUUCUAAAUUGAUAUGAACAUGUUGUGAUUGGGUUUUUUUUUCAUGCUUUAACUGUGUACCAACACACCUUAAACAGUGUAUUUACUCCAAGAGAAGAAAUAACAACCUUAUAUAUUGCCAUUUGUUAAUUACAGAGUUUGUAUUUAUAAGUGUGCUCUUCAGUUAUAAUUGAUCAAGGUCAGCGGUUCUCAACCUUUUUAGCUCGGCAACCCCUAAUAUGAUAAUACUAGGCGGCAGCCACCAACUGUAUUUAUUUCGUUCAUAGGCCUAGGCAGACCCUAAAUGUGAUUUUGCUAAUGUUAUAAAAUAAUAUUUGAUUUUGAAUGUAUAUAUCUGACAUCCAUGAUGUAUUUAAAUAUCAAAAGCUUUUGUAAUUUUAUUAAGUGCAAAAUAAAUUUGUACUUCAAUUACAUUUAAAAAAAAAAAAAAAAGUUUAUCUUUAAUGUAUACCAUCUAUGGUGCAAAUGUGCUUGUUACAACACUUAAGAAAUUGUAGGACAAAAAAAACAACCUUCCAAUGAAAAAAUAGAUGCUAAACCAAUAUUUUCAAUGGUCUUAGGCAGGGGUCGCGACCCACAGGUUGAAAACCCCUGAUCUGGAUUCUCCUGAAUGCACUAUUUAUAGACUGCGUUCUGAAAAGGUUUAGACUUAGUACUGUCCAGCAUGCUUCAACCAGCUCCUUGAUUUCAUAAGAAACAUAUCAGUUACACAAAUAGUAUUUUCUUUGCCCUCUUGUUAUUUCUUCUCUUUGGUUUGCAGAACAGGCUUUCACAUCCAAGCUGGGUGAGAGGGAACCUGGCAAUGUAAUUGAAGCCAUGAAACUAAAAAAAAUAAAAAGUCUUGCAUUUUGAAACCCCCACAGACAAAAAAACCUGGCCACAUGCCAAAAAGGUUACCACUUCUGCUGUAAAGUUUUGUGUGCAUUCCUUCCCUUUUGUUGCUAAAAUAUGUUUGAUCAAGUCAUCUUGUCACAAGGGUCCAACUAGACAGGCAACAUUGUAUAACAUGUUUAUAUGAUUAAUGAGUCAAACAUUUUUUUUUUGUCCAUAGGCAGUAUAAUUCUACAUUGUGUUGCAAUAGUUAUUUGACAAUGGUAUUUUCUAAACUAAAACCAACUGAAAAUGUCUGGUCUUAUUCUAAUCAAGUAACCAACAUCUAGUGAGUACAUACAUUGAUUGUGUGUAUGUGAUAGCUUUUGUUUACAUUUUUCUUGUUUAGUUAUUGAAUGACUCUGCUACUAGAUAGUGUUAUCCUGACAUGUUUACAGAGAUAAGAAAAACAAACUUAAGGUUUGAGUCCAGUAAAUUACAUUUAUUAUAAAGUAUGGAUGAUUUGAGAAAGUAGAAUAGCACUUGGUUCUAUAUUGUUUUAAAACAAAAUUUUUUGCCUGUAAUUUAGAGUACUUUAUUGUAAACAUGUUUUACCAAAUGAUAACUCUUGAGCUACAGAAUCGCCAAUUUUAUGACAACAUAGAUGUAAGAAAGUUUAGGGGUACAUGCUUGCUGAUGCAGUUUGAUAUGCUGAUCAUUUGUUUUUACAAUCAUUUGUUUUUACAUGAACUUUCCCCCCCUCACAGAUGAAGGUAAAUACUAUUUAUUCCAGAUAAAAUCGAAGAAAAUAUAUUAGAUCAAUCUAUUUUUUUUUUUUGCUUCUUCAUGUUGAUUUUUAUAAUUUAAUUUAAAAAUAUCUAUUAUGACUUAAAAAUGCAGAACACAUUGUUUAUGGUCUUGUGGCUAUUGAUUAUGGUCAUGUGACUAUACUGUUGUAUGAAUGUGGGUCAUUGAUUUACAUGGGACCAAGAUAAGCCCUAGAACAACUUUAUGGUAAUGAGGAAAAAAAUUAUUUUUUUUCUCAUUUUCUGUUGUUUUUAUUUAUUCAUAAAUUAUUUUAAAUUGUGGUUGUUAUUUUCUUGCACUAAUUAAAUAAUUUAAUUUAAAAAAAAAAAAUUGUUUCCUUAAAUUGUCCCUGUACAUUUAUUGCGUGUAAGAAGUGAAAUCUUCUAACAAAGUAUGCUGUGCAAAGUGUGUGACUGGACAAGCCAUGAAUAUUAUGAUUAUCUAUCUACCUUGGAGAUUUGUUUAAAGAGAAUUCUGUUCAUAAUACUAUUUUGUUAUGUUUAUAAUGAUUACAAUGUUUAUAACAUGA